UUGACUAAGUAGUUCUUCAACGUUGGGUGAGGAGGUGAAAAUUAACCUUUGAACCCUGCUUGCGCGCGCACACGUCACUUCAAGACUUGCGUCCGCGCGCGCCCGCCCGCAUACCCUCCUCCCCUGCCCGCCUGGUGGCUCAGCUCAGUCCGGUCAGCGGGCACCGCGAACGGCACUCUGCCAGUCUGUCAGCCGGCACACCGGCCGAGGCUGCGCUGUGGAGCUGCGCGGAAGUGCCGUUGGCUGCUUUUGUUUGUUUCUCCCGUUCACGGAUGUUGACGAACACCGACCGAACCGCUGACCGGCAUGGAGAGUCAGGGCAGCCGCUGUAAGGUCGUGGUGGUGGGCGACGCGCAGUGUGGCAAGACGGCGCUGCUGCACGUUUUCGCCAAGGACGCCUACCCGGAGACGUACGUGCCCACCGUGUUCGAGAACUACACGGCCAGCUUCGAGAUCGACAAGCACCGCAUCGAGCUCAACAUGUGGGACACGUCCGGUUCUUCCUAUUACGACAACGUGAGGCCGCUGGCGUACCCCGACUCCGACGCCGUCCUCAUCUGUUUUGACAUCAGCCGCCCCGAGACCCUGGACAGCGUUAUUAAAAAGUGGCAGGGAGAAACGCAGGAGUUCUGCCCCAACGCCAAAGUGGUUCUGGUGGGCUGCAAGGUGGACAUGAGGACGGACGUCAACACGCUGAGGGAACUUUCCAAGCAGCGCCUGAUCCCCGUCACCCACGAGCAGGGCAGCAGCGUGGCCCGCCAGAUGGGGGCGGCGGCCUACGCCGAGUGCACGUCCAAGAUGUCGGAGAACAGCGUGCGGGACGUGUUCCACGUCGCCACGCUGGCGUCGGUGCGCCGGCCGCACCAGCCGCCGCUCAAGCGCAGCGCCUCCCGCCGGGGGCUCAAGUGCGCGUCGCAGCUGCCCGCUCGGACUGAGCCCGCGGACCAGGCGCCCGUCCUGAGGAAGGACCGCGCCAAGAGCUGCGUGCUCAUGUAGAAACGACGCGUGUACAGAAAUAUAUGCCAGAGGACGCCUAUUUAUUGUUUUUUUUUUGUGAAAAAUGAAGUUGCGCUGUGGGAAUUUUGCUUUGUGCGCGCGCGUACGUGUGUGUUUGUCAUUUUGUGUUGUGUCAAAAUGAUGGAGGAUCGGGCCCGAAGGAGCGCAGCACACACGUGGACGCUGCCGUACAGGAAGUGCGGCGAAGAGGACGAGCAUAUUCGAGCAUCUCAGGAGGAUGAUGACGAUGAUGAUGAUGGCGGUCGUGGCGUAAACAAAAACGCUGUGAGGAUCGGGAGCCGAGUGGUUUGUCGCCGCCGCAAGUGCUUUCGAAUUGAGAACGCGGACGCGUUUGCAACACUGUGCUUCACGUUACUUUGUGCUCUUCGCUCACGAUUGCAAAAUAAAAGCGCCGGCCUGACUGCA